GGGUAGAACCGAAACCUGCCCCAUCUCCCACCCGGUUCUGUCGUUCAAAUUGCCGUCCUUGUUUCCCACCCCCGAUUUCUUGCCGCUAAUUUUCACUUUUUUCAAAUCAAACAUUUGGCGGAGAUGGAGAGUCCUUUUCCGUGUCCGAAGACCGUUACGGUCCGCCGGAACCCUCACCGGAAGGCCAGGCCGACGCCGUCUUCCACAGUUCCCCUUCCAUUACCUCUAUCCUCGCCGCCAAUUCCCCCCCACAUCCCUUCAUUUCCCACUCCAGACAUUCUUUCUGUUGAGCUGUCUGAAACUCAAAGACCUCGUGAAAUCGACUCGUUUUCUUCAUCUCAAAACCCUAAGAGAAAGCCUGAGUCGGAGAAUUUGAAAGUAUUUCUAAGAAUUCGUCCCCUUACUGUUUCCCAAAAUGCCCAUAAACAGAACAAAAGGGGAGGCGAGGUCGUAAAAAAUGCUUGGCCAAAAAAUCCUAAAGCCAAACACUUGCCAAAAAAUAAAGUGAAAAAUAGCAAUGAAAUUUGCGUGACGGUCAAUGAUCCGCACUCUGUUACAAUUUCACCCCCUAGUAGUUUGCAGGAAAGUAAGCGCAUCAAGUCUGUGGUCUAUGAAGGAUUCUCUCACGUUUUCUCUGAUGAAUCAUCUCAGGCUGAAGUGUAUCAGAAGUUAGUGCAUCCAUUGGUUGAGGAUUUUUUGAGGGGAAAGAGUGGAAUGUUGGCCGCAUUAGGUCCAACUGGCUCGGGAAAGACGCAUACAGUUUUUGGGUGUAUUAGAGAGCCUGGUAUGGUACCUCUAGCCCUGCGUCGCAUAUUCUCAGAGGACAAAAGCAAUGGGAAUCAGGUUUCGCGGUGCCGGACCUUCUAUUUGUCGAUGUUUGAAAUCUGUUCCGAGAAAGGAAAAUCAGAACGGAUAUUUGAUUUACUGCAAGAAGAGGGUGAGAUUUCCCUACAACAAUCAGCAAUCAAGGGCCUCAACGAGGUCACUAUCAGACACGCUGAACAAGCUGAAUCUUUAAUUGCACAUGGAUUGCUAAGACGUGCUACGGCAGCAACUAAUUCAAAUAGUCAAUCAAGUCGUUCACAAUGCAUUAUCAACAUUUGCUGCACCCCUAAUAGUAAUGAUGGGGAGUUUGAUGAUGAACCAAAAAGCACUUCCUUGACAAUUGUUGACCUUGCUGGAGCUGAAAGAGAAAAGAAGACAGGAAACCAGGGGCUCAGAAUGCUCGAGAGUAAUUUUAUCAAUAACACAUCCAUGGUUUUUGGGCUUUGCUUAAGGUCAUUAUUGGAGCAUCAGAAGAAUCCCAAAAAGCCAUUGCAAAAACACUUCCAGAACUCCUUGUUAACCAGAUACUUGAGAGAAUAUUUAGAAGGCAAGAAACGGAUGGCAUUGGUACUAACCUUAAAACCUGGAGCAGAAGAUUAUCUUGAAACUUCAAAUCUUUUAAAGCAGGCAUCACCAUAUGCACAAAUUAAGUUUAUAGGCAUUGAAGAACCUGCAAAAAACAAAUCUACUAAGAGACCCACUCAAGUUUUGCAUGGGGCAGAACAUAGCAAGAGAAUGAAGUUUAGUUCUGUGGAAGCUUCUUCGAUCAGUAAAACAGCAGUCUUUGGAGAUCAACCACGGAUAGAAGAAACAAAGGAUGAGAAUGGAAGCUUAACAGAGGUUUUAGUUGAGAGUGAAGAACCUGUUAGUUGCAAAGUGACGGAAGGAAUAUACAUCAAACAGGACCGUAUUGAAUUGACAAAAAGGGAAAGAGAAUAUCAGAUUAUGGUGAAUUUUGCUAAAGCUUUAUGGGAUGUCCUGAAACAAUAUAAGCAAAAGCUUGAGAUGGCUGAAAACGAAAUCUGCUGUAUAAGAGACAACUUAACUUGUGAAAAACGAAGAUCUUCUGAUCUAGAAAAAGAAGUUAGACAUUUGAGACUGAUAUCUUCUUUUCCUGAAGUACCUUCAGCUGGGGUCAGUAGCUCCUGUUUGGUUGGUUUAUGUACUGGAACUGAUUCUUCUCAAGAUCAGAAUUAUCAGCACAAUGAUCAGAAAGAUGAGAAGUUACGCACACAUAUUAGUAUUGCUGAAAGUUCACAGGAUUUAAAAGAUCUGGAAGCAGUAGAUAUGCAUUCGGAGGAUGAAGCAACUUCUGUUUGCAUUGCUUCGCAGGAUUGUGUUAAAGAGAGAUGUGAAGAAGCUGCUGAAACUGCUGGUCUGGGUCAACAUUUUCAACGUUUGAAGUAUGAUGAGGAAGAUCAUUCUAGUGUCAACAAUAUUAGGACUCUUAUGGAUGUGAAUAAUGUCCAGAGAGAUGAUAAAACGACAGAGACUGAAGGAACAGAUGAUUCAGAAUAUGGUAGUAGCUGUUUGCAGUUGUUUGUGAAAAACAAAGAAACUUGUGUUUGCUCAGUGGAGGAACCUGCAAUUUCUGCUUCACCUGUAAUAACAAGUUGUGACAACUCUUCUGCAGUUGAGAUGGACCCAUUGCCACACGAGGAGAAAAAGCUGCAUCCAUCAGCAACUGUAAUGCCUAGGGAAAAUGCAUCUUUGGUGGAAGACACUCGGGACUGCACUGCUCUGGACACUUGUUCACUUGAUAUUUCCAGUUCCAGAAAAACAGAGAAGCCGAAAAGGAGACUUCUACCAGCCUCGUCCACUUUAUUGAAGGAUAUUGGUAGUGUUGCAGUAGAGGACGACAUUGACAAGUCAAAGAAACUGGGAAGGGAAUAACCUUGAUGAGAAUGGUGUCUAAGCUGUGUUUAUGGGAGUAGGAUGUAAUCUUUCUCCUUGAAGGCAGGAUACAAGUGAAGUAUAGAAGCUUUAUGCGGUAAUCCGAGAGGGAGAAAACUUUACCAGGUUCAAAUGACUAUUAUUGUGCAGGGAGGUAGGGGGGAGAAAAAAGUGCCUCUGGACACGAGGAAUAAAUCAAAGGGCAGCACAUCUCUUCUUCGUUUGCUCAGGAACGAUCUGCGUCUCUAACUGCACAUGGCUUUUGUGAAUUCUUUUUGCUGUGCAGCGGGAUGAGUAUGUCGCUUCAACGGACUUACAAGCUGAAGAGAUUCCGUUUUCCACUUAAUAUAUCACUAUAGUUUCAGAAAUCAAGUCAUCAUCUAGCAGCUUUAAGAUUGUUUUUCAUUUUUCUACCCACUACUACUCGACCAAGGCGCUUGAUGUAAAGCUCGUUGGAGUAUUGGGCCGAUACUAGGGGCAGUAGCAUCCGUAGGCAUCGGUCCGUAUAGAGUAUUGGGCCGGUAUUGAGGGGCAGUCUCAUCCGUAGGGAUUCAAGUUUGGUUUUUGUAUGAGGUAAGUGGCGUGGCAAAGGAUCUCACCUCCACGCAAAGGAAUGUACUAUUGCACGCUCUUUGGAUUUUAUGCUCUUUUUUUUUUUUAUAGUAAUAAUUUACAAUAUAUAGGAGGGAAUUGGCAAGGUUUGCAAGGAGAUGUAUUCAAUGAGAAU